CUCUCUCAAACCUCGGUAGCUUUCGCCUGUCUCCUCUCACGACCCGUCCGCUACACCCAUAAUUCCCCGCGCCAGGACAAGAUGGAAGAAAGCAGCGACCGCCGGAGAACAAUGUUUUGGCAAUAAAACCCCAAAGCGGCGAAUACGGAGACAAUACAGGCACGUUUGGAACCAACUGCGGUCAUGUGUAGGAUAUUCUCCUUCUGCAUUCCUCUUUAGAUUUAUUGCCCUCCUUCUCCCCUGCACAAAGCAAAAGCACCACCAUGAGUAUUAUCCAAGACAAAUUAGGCAAUGAGUUUUUGCGCAACGGUGGCAUGGACCCCAAUUUUGCACCAGGUAUGCUGAUGUUCAGCCACCUGCCACCUGUCACCAGCUUUACACGGCUGGCCUCCCAGUCCGUUAUGGGCGAGCUUCCCCAGGAGAUGAUCUUGAAGAAAGAACGUGACUCACCCCCAGAACACCAGGGCGCCAGUGCUGCGAACACAGGGGGCUUCCUCCACAGCAUGGGCAUUAAACAGGAGCGGCUAAGUGAGCUGGAUUACCGUAUGCCACUCUAUGGCGGUGGUGGAGGAGUAGGGGUGAACUGUGCUGGAGGGGGCGCGGGGAAGAGUGGCACCGACAUGCCGGACAUGUCUUUCGGCAACCACCACCAAAAUCACCAGAACAUGCUACUGCAUGACCUCAGCCUCAGCAAUGUUCGUUCCCUUGGAGAACCGAUGCCUGGAAGACCAGGUAAAGAGCCAAAAGAGUCCGCAGGUAGAAGAGGGCGGAGGAACAAUGGGGAUGGGCAGGGAGGAAAAGCCCGAAGGAAACGCAACGACGCUGCAAAGGCCAUGAUGUUGGAUGCAGAUGGAGCCUGCCUGUCCCCCAACUCAAAACCACAUAUCUGUGAGCACUGUAAUGCUGCCUUCCGCAGCUCCUACCACUUGCGCAGACACGUGCUCAUACACACAGAUUGCACAGGUGAGAGGCCUUUCCGGUGCAGUCAGUGUAACAUGAGCUUCAUUCAGAAGUACCUGCUUCAGCGGCAUGAGAAGAUCCACAGUGGAGAGAAGCCUUUUAGCUGUGACCAGUGUAACAUGCGCUUUAUCCAGAAGUACCACAUGGAGCGGCACAAAAGGACACACAGUGGCGAGAAGCCAUAUCGCUGUGAUACCUGCCAACAAUUUUUCUCAAGAACAGAUCGGUUACUGAAGCACAAACGGACUUGUGGAGAAGCCAUAAAGAAGGGCCUGGACCCAAGCAUGCUGGAGCUCAGCGAAGCGGAGCUAGGCCAGGGCAGCUAUUCACUCACUCAGGGAAACUCUACCACCUCCGGACGCAAGAGGGCCAAGUCCAAAAACGGUGAAGGUGGUGAGCGCAAGAGGAAGAAGAAUGCAUCAGCAUCAGUGGCAGCAGCCUCAUCCUCUGGGGGGAUGGCCCGUGACCUGGGCAUGCAGGACUUCAGCAUGGAGCACCCCUCAGGCUCUGGCCCUGCCAUGCAGGGUCGUACUCCCAAAUUGGUCUUUAAAAAAGCCGGUCGAAAGGGCCUUGACAAGGGCCUCCUCUCUCUGGAAGACAGUGCUGACGGACAAAAAUUGUUGGGUCAGAAGCCUGGCUCCAUGGUUCAUGUGGAGGGAUCUGGCCUUGACAAUAUGGGUCUACUCCAGGGAGCCGGGGGUCCCAAGCAGGGGCCCACCACCAGCAGCAACUACGAUGAUGCAAUGCAGUUUGUGAAAAAGCGGCGCUACCUCCACGCAGUUAACAGUGACUAUGGAGCCAGCUCACUGCACAUGGCAACCCAGGGCAGUAGUGUAAUCCAGGGCUCCCUGGGGCCCGAGCCCACGCUGGCCAUGCUGGACUCGUCGCCCUUGGAACUCAAGCACGACAAGUCGGGCAUUCCAGAUGAGGUACUGCAGAGCCUGCUAGACCAUUAUAGCCAUAAGCCAGAGGGGACACACCACCAUGACGUGACUUUCGACCUGUCAGACCACCCACACCACGUUGAUCUCCAACCAGCAGCUCCUGUCACCCCUGAGUUGGAGGAUGACUCACCCAACGGUGGUGAUAAAACAGCAGUGAUGAGCGAGUACUCCAAAUUCCUCUUGCAGGCCCUGGAGCGCACUAGCCAUAGUGGACCCUUCCCUAGCCUUGGCCCAACCGGGCCUUUCCCUCUACUGUCCAGCAGCUCCAGUCCCACAGGGCCCCUCUUCUCUGACAAACACGUGUACACCACAUCCCCACUGGAUUGUGGCUACCCGCCUGCUGUCUCCUCCCCACUGCCCAUCGCUGCCCCUUCGUCAACCUCCUCCUCGUCCUCCUCCAAGUCCCACUAUGGCAUGCUCGUUGGCUCCCCCUCCCAGGCAGGCUACCACCUCAGCUUGGAAUCUACCAGCCACCAGCAGCUGACUCCGUCUCAGGAGCUGACCGAGCAGUUGGAGAAGCAGCACUCCCCCAGCGCCUUCAACCUACCUCCCCAGGACCUGACUGCCCCGGCAGAGGGUUCCAAGGGGCAGCAGCCCAAGGCUGGAGGGAGCACUGCACCCACCAACGGCUCCAGCUACCCAGACCUGUCCCCACUGAACCCCCCUAAAGAAACCACGUAUCAGAUUGAGAACUUCGCCCAGGCUUUUGGCUCCCAGUUCAAGUCAGGCCGGCGGACCCCUCUGAGCUAUGGCAGUGAUCCUGGGGCAGAGGUCGACCACCGAAUACGGACUCCAGUGUCAGAAUUCUCAGGGUAUACCAGUUUGUUAGCUGACGUCAGUGAGCCAGUGAGUACAGGAUCAAAAACCCCAACAAGCCAAAGUUUCAGAUAAGGGUCAAAUAAGGUGAAUCCAGUAGGGGGCCGUUCUGUUACUGUCCAUACGGUCCCUAUACCCAUCCUAAUUUUGUUCUUGUAGCAAAGUUUUGUUUUUUAAACACUGCCAUUAAAUGUUAAUACAAAAAUGACCAGGGAGGGUCUUCAAUGGCCUCAAAUGCAAUUUUUUAAAUAUUCUCAUUUUAUUAUGUAUUUAGUCGCUUAAUUUUUGUUUAAGAGUAGUGAUUUUGAUAUGAACGUACCGUAGAUUUAAAUGUAAUUUAAAACAUUUAGAGGGUAGCUAUAAACUUGCUUGAUUUUUUUUUUCUUUUUUUUUCUUUUCUUCUUCUUCUUCUUCUUCUUCUUUCCUGAACCCUUGUGUUUUACCAAUCAUACCAUUCAUUGUAAAGUAAUAAUGAAUAAUGUUGAUAAGUUCAAUAAUAAUAACAUUUGUGGCAGGGAAAGGCCCAGAAUUCAAAUGGCAAAAAAAGUAUAUAUUGUCUGUUACAAGAAACUUUUUAACUCAGGAAAAUAGGCAAAAUUGUGUAAUAAGACUUUGUAUAAUGAGAUGCAAUUAGCACAGUUUUUACAGGUGUACUUUGAGCCUACAAAGCUUUGAUUUUGUUUGUGUUUUGUUUUGUUUUUUUUUUGUUUUUUUUGUUGUUUUUUUUUGUUUUUUUUAAAUUAACUCGUCAGAAAAACAAAUUACAAUACACGAUCAUGUUUGGUUUCUACUGCGUGUAGCUUUGUCGAGAUUAUGGUACUGUUGUGUCAAUGUGAAGACAUCCACAUUUCUCUUGAGAGCCACAUGUGUACACGGGGUAGUACAAAUUGUAGUGGAGUUUAGCUCAUGGUGCGCACACAGCAUGUUCUGAAGUGAAGAGGGUGUUUGAAUAUAACUGACCGCUGUUUAUUGGCACACACAGUCAGUUGAUUAAGUCUGUCUAACCAUGCACUCCUCUUGCUGUGCCCACCAGUGGCCAGUAGAAAAACAGUUUAAACAAAAUCCUGCCCAUCGCAGUCAUGGCCGUUUUCAGAAUGCAAUGAACACCAGUCCGUGAUCUUUUAUCGUGCCGUUGCUGAAGUGAUUUCUUUUUUUCAAACAAGUCACCACUUUUCUGCUCCACUCCUUGCUGUUCCUUUUUGUGUCAAUGGAAUCAAACAAGCACUUUUUUUAAACAAAUCAUCAUUGGAACAGGACAACAACCCAUUCAAUUUGCAUAUGUGAUACGUGAGUAUUAUGCUAAUGAUUAUUAAUAUUAUUUUAAGAGGAGAAAACUGUGA